CGGCAUCACCAGAACACCCACCACGGACUCUUGAAUCGGCUUUUUUUUUUUUUAAACAACGCUUUAAAGAAAAGAACAUUUAAAAAAAAAACACCCGUUCACCCUAAGGCGCCAGCUUUUUUUCGUCUAACGGUCCUCCAUGAGAUUCUUCAGGCUUACCUUCAAGUGCUUCGUCGACUGCUUCUGAAUCUCCUGCGUCCCACGGCGCCUGCUGACAUUUAAAAAAAAUCUCUUGGCUGUGCUGAGGCGUUCCAACGUGUAGGGGGGAAAAACUACUAUUCUUAAUUGCAUCUUUUGUAUUUCCAAGAGGCAAAAUAAACUGAGAAAAUCAGAAAAGACAACUGGAGCACACUGCAUGGUGCUAAAUAUCUUUCUGCCUCUCUUGGCACGUUUUCCCUCCCUCGUCUAAACACCAAGAGCCAGCUCACCCCUCACUCCCCCCCCCCCCCCCCAUUAUAAAUUAAAUUAUCCUUUUUUUUUCUGGCAGUUAAACAACAUGUCACCCGAGUUGGGAGAAACUAGUCUAGGUGAAAUCAGCCUCCCUCAGUUGGAAGCAGACCUGUCGGAAGGGGAGGGCGGUGGAUCAGCUCUCCCCCUCGUGCCUGCGCCCCCGCCCGGGGCAGGUCCAGGGUGCAAUGAGAGUGGCGGUGCCGGUCCGCCGCAGAUUCAGGAAGGAGAUGCGCCUGGGACCGGGAACGUGGGGGCUGUUGCAGGACCGGCAGGGGAGAGAGAAACCUGGACCAGACAGAUGGACUUCAUCAUGUCCUGUGUGGGUUUUGCUGUAGGCUUGGGCAACGUGUGGCGCUUCCCUUACCUUUGCUACAAGAACGGAGGAGCUCUGAUACCCACCUUCUGGUAUCGGAUAACAAUGGCCUGCUUCACACAGUCCACCCCCCUGUGCUCCUGCCCUGCACUCUGGCAGCUCUAUAAAGGUGUGUUCCUCAUCCCGUACUUGCUGAUCGUGUUCAUUGGGGGCAUCCCCGUCUUCUUCCUGGAAAUCGCUUUGGGACAGUUCAUGAAGCAGGGAGGCGUUUCCGCCUGGAACAUCGCACCUCUUUUCAAAGGUUUGGGCUUGGCCUCAAUGGUGAUUGUGUUCUUCUGUAACACCUACUACAUCAUGAUUCUGGUGUGGGGUCUCUACUUUUUCUUCCACUCUUUUACCAACCCGCUUCCUUGGGCCACCUGCGGACACCCAUGGAACACCCCCAACUGUACGGAGGACUUCCGCAGCGCCUGCCACAACCACAGCGCUGCCCAGUUGUCUCAGCUAUCAUCCGCUGCUCCGCCCAGCAAGCCCUUCUCCUCUGGGCCGCCACUGAACGCCUCCUCAACUAAGUUACUCCUUAACGUCAGCUGCGUGGAGACUGAAGACAUGCGCUCCCCUGUCAUCGAGUUCUGGGAACGCAAAGUUCUCCGUCUGUCUGGUGGGAUUAAUGAACCUGGUGACAUCAGCUAUGAGAUGGUGCUGUGUCUUCUCGCCACCUGGGUCAUUGUUUACUUCUGCAUGUGGAAGGGUGUCAAAUCUACAGGCAAGAUUGUAUACUUCACUGCACUGUUCCCGUAUGUGGUUCUGGUAGUUCUUUUAGCCCAUGGUGUCAAUCUACCUGGAGCACUAGAUGGGAUUAUAUACUACCUGAAACCAGAUUGGUCCAAACUAGGAGAAGCGCAGGUGUGGAUUGAUGCCGGUACCCAGAUUUUCUUCUCCUACGCCAUCGGACUAGGCGCCCUGACUGCACUGGGCAGCUACAACCGCUUCCACAACAACUGUUACCAGGAUGCAUUUGUGCUGGCACUCAUUAACAGCGGAACAAGCUUUUUUGCGGGCUUUGUGGUGUUCUCUGUGUUGGGCUUCAUGGCUGCAGAGCAAGGUGUGGACAUCAGUAAGGUAGCUGAGAGUGGACCCGGCCUGGCCUUUAUAGCCUACCCCAAAGCUGUGACAUUGAUGCCUCUGGCACCUCUCUGGGCAGCACUCUUCUUCUUUAUGUUACUCGUACUUGGCCUGGACAGUCAGUUUGUGGGAGUCGAGGGUUUGAUAACCGGAAUCAUGGACAUGCAUCCCCCCAAGUCCGCCGUGGGCUCCUUGCGACGAGAGGUCGUGGCAGCCAUCUGCUGCGUCAUCUGCUUCUUCAUUGACAUGUCCAUGGUCACAGAGGGGGGGAUGUAUGUGUUCCAGUUGUUUGACUACUACUCCGCCAGUGGCAUCACUCUGCUGUGGCAGGCUUUCUGGGAGUGUGUGGUGAUUGCUUGGGUCUACGGUGCAGACCGUUUCAUGGACGACGUGGCUCGUAUGAUUGGCUAUCAGCCCCUUCCCUACAUGAAGUGGUGCUGGUCCUAUGUCACACCCCUCGUAUGUGUGGGAGUCUUCCUAUUCCACGUGGUGAACUACAAGCCCCUAACCUACAACAAUGUGUACACGUACCCAUUGUGGGGCGAAUUGUUUGGCUGGGCAUUGGCCCUUUCCUCCAUGCUUUGUAUCCCACUCACUGUCGUCUACAAGCUGCUGCGCUGCAAAGGAUCACUGCGGGAGCGCUGGCAGCACCUGACCACCCCAGUGUGGGGCCGACAUCACCUGGAAUACCUUGCCCCGGAGAGCGAGGCCAAGCUGCUGCCCCCCACAGGAUCCAAGAAUGAUCAUCUCUUCGAAAGCGUCGUCUGAUUGUCAGAACCCCGUAGAGCUCAAAGUCAAGGUCGCACCUCCACCUCCCUCAGAUAAAUAAAAUGUACACUCCUCAAUGGAAUAUCACCCCCCAAAUGUUUAGUCACUAAUCCCCCCACAAAUAGUUCAAAUUUAAGAUUGGGAAAUAAGUAACACACCCAACUUGCUGUUGCCUCUUUGACUCUUUCCUGGUCUUUGACUCUACUCGGCUGAUUCGCUCUCCCUUUUUCUGCUUCUUGUGCUGUCCUGUCUUGCGAGUGUUCUGUCCUUUGUGGUCGCACUUAGGCGCUUUGUCGGGGUUUCAGCAGCUGCGUCCAGUUCAAUACAGUUAAAUCACUUUGUAAACAUGAGCUGAUAGUGAAACCUCAUAUCUGCUGCUAAAAUGCCAAGAUCUGAGAUGUGUGUGUAUGAAGGAGUGUAGCGCUUGGCAGCUUUGUCUCCACGUUGCUUACAAUGAAUCUUGUCGCUCACGAAUUGUACAAAAAUCACUUCCAGUUGUUAAAAAAAAAAAAAAAAAGGUAAAAUGAAGACAAUCCAUUUCCACAUCCAAAUGUGUUAUGAACCUAUGUAUCCAGUGUUUGUGUAGGGUCUGUGAUUCAGUGUUAUCAAUUAUCAAUCGGACUGCAUCAUUACAGUAUUUCCCCUCAAAGAGAGUUAAUUUAAAAAAAAAAAUAAUAAUCAGGAAACGUGACAGUAUGGAAGGCUAUGAGACUCAAUAAAAGAU